GUGUGAGCGCUCAGCUGAUCUGCUCGCAGGGAACAGGAAGCUGCGAGUAGUCCCUGAGCCUGUGCUUCCCUUCCACAGCCCUGCGGCCACUGCCAAGCUGAGCCGGGCAUCUGCAUGAGGCACGAAGCGCACUCCCUCUCUACACCGCAGGUCUCAUGAGAUGGCCACAGAUGACAAGUCCUCUCCUACACUGGAAUCUGCCAGCGAGCUGCCCAGGUCUCCAAGUAGUCCAUCCCAUCUUACUCAUUUUAAACCUCUGACCCCAGAUCAAGAUGAUCCACCUUUUAAGUCUGCCUACAGUUCCUUUGUGAAUCUUUUCCGCUUUAACAAAGAUGAGGUCAGAACAGCUUCUGCUGCAGACCGGUCAGAACCUGGGCCUAGUGACCAUGCCAUAAGAAAUACCUGGUCCAGUCCACAUCACUCGCCAACAUCACAGUCUGUUAAGUUUCCAGUGCAAUACAAGAAGCAGUUACUUGGAGAAAGAAGGUCCUCUACCAGCUCAGAAACCAGAAGAAAGCCAGAGCCGCCUCUAGGUCACGAUCCUCGCACGGCCGUGCAGCUGCGCAGUCUGAGCACAGUGGUCAAGCGCCUGAAGGAGAUUAUGGAAGGAAAGAGUCAGGAUAGUGACUUGAAGCAGUAUUGGAUGCCUGACAGCCAAUGUAAGGAGUGCUACGACUGCAAUGAAAAGUUCACCACUUUCCGACGGAGACAUCACUGUCGACUUUGUGGCCAGAUUUUCUGCAGCCGCUGCUGCAACCAGGAAAUCCCUGGGAAAUUCAUGGGAUAUACAGGUGAUCUACGGGCAUGUACCUAUUGCUGCAAGAUUGCCAUAAACUAUGCACAUUCCACUGAUGGCCAUACUUUUGGAGAAGACUUGAAUGCUCUCUCAGACUCCUGUUCGGUAUCUCUUUUGGAUCCUGGGGAACCUCGCACUCCAGUGGGAGGAAGAAAGUCUAGUCGCAACAUUUUUUUAGAGGAAGAUCUUGCUUGGCAAAGUCUUGUUCACCAGGAAUCCUCAAAGCCAUCACUGUCAACACGCUUAGCUUCUGUUCAAGAGGAUGCUGGGAAGUCCCCAGCAAGAAACAGGUCCGCCAGUAUUACUAACCUGUCAUUAGACCGCUCUGGCUCUCCCAUGGUACCAUCCUAUGAGUCAUCUGUCAGCCCUCAGGCCUCCCGCACUUACCUGAAGAAUGACACUAAUGAAGAGGAGCGGAAGAUACUUUUGGAUUCUGUGCAGCUGAAAGAACUGUGGAAGAAGAUCUGUCACCACAAUAGUGGCAUGGAAUUUCAGGAUCACCGAUACUGGCUGCGCACAUACCCGAACUGCAUUGUGGGGAAGGAACUAGUUAACUGGUUGAUUAGAAAUGGACACGUCACCUCUAGAGCUCAAGCUAUAGCCAUUGGUCAAGCCCUUGUUGAUGGCAGAUGGCUGGACUGCGUCACCCACCACGAUCAGCUUUUCCGUGAUGAAUAUGCCCUGUACCGACCUCUGCAGAGCACAGAGUUCUCAGAGACCCCAUCACCUGACAGCGAUUCAGUGAAUUCUGUGGAAGGACACUCCGAACCAUCUUGGUUUAAAGACAUCAAAUUUGAUGACAGUGAUACAGAACAGAUUGCAGAUGAAGGAGAAGACAACUUAACCAAUUCUGCAAGUCCUAGCAAACGUACUUCAGUCAGCAGCUUCCAAUCUGCUAUGGACAGUGAUUCGGCCGCUUCCAUCAGCCUCAAUGUUGAGAUGGACAACGUCAACUUCCACAUCAAGAAGCACUCCAAGUACCCCCAUGUGCCCCCUCACCCUGCUGACCAGAAAGAGUUUCUUCUCUCUGAAGAUGGUGGACAGCAGAUGAUCUCCAUAAGUGACGCAUUCAUUAAAGAGUCUCUGUUUAAUAGACGUGUGGAGGAGAAAUCUAAAGACCUUCCUUUUACUCCCUUGGGUUGGCACCACAACACCCUGGAUCAGCUGCGAGAAGAAAAUGGAGAGAAGCAGGCAAUGGAAAGGCUUUUGUCAGCCAACCACAGUCACAUGAUGUCCCUUUUACAGCAGCUGCUCUAUAAUGAGUCUCUGUCACUUUCUUGGCGUGACGUUAUUGUGCCAGUAGUAUGUCAGGUGGUGCAGACUGUCCGACCUGAUGUCAAAAAUGAUGAUGAUAUGGACAUUCGCCAGUAUGUCCACAUCAAAAAAAUUCCUGGUGGAAAGAAAUCUGACUCCAUGGUGGUUAAUGGCUUUGUCUGCACUAAAAAUAUUGCCCACAAAAAGAUGAAUGCCAGCAUUAAAAGCCCCAAAAUAUUGCUAUUAAAAUGCUCCAUUGAAUAUUUGUACCGAGAAGAGACAAAGUUUACAUGCAUUGAUCCAAUCGUCCUUCAGGAAAGGGAAUUUCUGAAGAACUAUGUUCAGAGGAUAGUUGAUGUUCGACCAACGCUGGUUCUUGUGGAAAAGACUGUGUCCAGGAUAGCACAAGAUAUGCUGUUAGAACAUGGAAUAACCUUGGUUAUCAAUGUCAAACCGCAAGUUUUAGAUCAAGUGAGUAGGAUGACUCAAGGAGACCUGGUAAUGUCUAUGGACCAACUCUUAACAAAACCUCGUCUCGGGACGUGUAACAAGUUUUAUAUACAAGUAUUUCCGCUGCCUAACGAUGAAUCUAAAACGCUGAUGUUCUUUGAAGGAUGUCCUCAGCACCUGGGGUGCACCAUAAAGCUAAGUGGAGGAUCAGAGUAUGAGCUGGCACGAGUGAAAGACAUAAUAAUCUUUAUGGUCUAUGCAGCAUACCAUUCCCAGUUGGAAAUUUCAUUUCUUAUGGAUGAGUUUGCUAUGCCACCUACACUGCCUAAAAGUAGCUCUUUUCGAUCCCUUAUUGAAGGACAUGAAGGAGAUGGUAGCCAAAAAGAUCUUUUUAAUGGGGAGGAAUGCAGCAUUAUUAAUUGGGAAUGUGACCGCUCUUUAGAUCGUUUGCAUGUCAUUUCGGAGUCCCAGUCUUCUGAGAAUAUAGAGUUCACAGAACAAAGUUCUUACUUUGAGGAGAUAGGAGAGUUGGACAGUAAAAGUUCAGAAACAUCGUCUUCAGCUCAUCAGGACCUUCCCAUAUUGUUAUCCAAUUCAUCCCUUUUGUCUUCAGUCUCAAUUGAACCUGAGCUUUUUACUCAGAUGUGUCUAAUUCCUGGUAUUUCCAAUGAUGAUGAUGUGUCACAGAAAUUUGAAGAGGAAGAAGAACCCAAAAAUGAACUUCGACUCUUCCGUGAUCCACUGCAAGAUGAUACUGGGUUGUAUAUAACUGAAGAAGUUGCCUCCACCGAUGAUAGGCUAAAAGUACACUCCAUAGCUUUCAAACAGGAACUUAAAGAUGUAAUUUUGAGUAUUUCUCCGAUUAUUUCUUUUAAGGAUCCUUUUCUAUUAACAGAAAAGGGUAUGAGGUGCCCCACAAGGGACUAUUUUCCAGAGCAAGUGUACGUGUCACCAUUACUUAACAAGGAAAUGAAAGAGAUGGAGAGCCGGAGGAAAAAACAACUUUUGCGUGAACUUUCUAAUUUACAGGGAAUCAAUGGAAGUGAUCAGGGUAAGAUCAUUGAGGUUCUUCCAUCUCAUGAGCUGCUGAGCACCAAAAUUGCAGAGCACUUAGGAGACAGCCAGAAUCUGGCUAGAAUUCUAGCAGACUAUCGGGCUAGAGGCGGCAGAAUACGACAGAAGGAUGUUGAUCCAUUUGUUCAAACCAAGGAGACACCAAAUGGCCUCCUAAAUAAACAUGAAACUAAGUAUGACUCAGAGGAAGACAAGGGAAUAAACCAAAAUGAGAUGUCUUGGAACUCCAAGAUUGACUGUCUCAGCGUGUUGAACCACCAGCGGCUUUGUGUCCUGUUCAGCAGCUCUAGUGCACUCUCCAUCAAUGCCCCUAGUGCCUGUGUUAGUCCUUGGAUUGUUACAAUGGAGUUUUAUGGGAAGAAUGAUCUGACCUUAGGUGUUUUCCUAGAAAGAUACUGCUUCAGACCGUCAUAUCAGUGCCCCAGUGUAUUCUGUGACACACCAAUGGUGCACCACAUAAGACGUUUUGUUCAUGGAAAUGGCUGUGUUCAGAUUAUUCUGAAAGAGUUGGACUCUCCUGUUCCUGGUUACCAGCACACUAUCCUCACAUAUUCCUGGUGUAGGAUCUGCCAGCAGGUGACCCCUGUUGUACCACUUUCCAAUGAAUCCUGGUCUAUGUCAUUUGCUAAAUAUUUGGAGCUACGGUUUUAUGGCAAUCAGUAUACUCGAAGAGCCAAUGCUGAACCCUGUGGUCAUAGCAUUCACCACAACUACCACCAGUACUUCUCAUACAACCAGAUGGUAGCAUCAUUCAGUUAUUCCUCCAUUCGACUGCUUGAAGUGUGUGUCCCAAUGCCAAAAAUAUACAUAAAGCAGCACACUCCAGCAAAAGUGUCAGUCUUACAAGAUUUGAAAGAUUUCUCUCAGAAAGUGACUCAGGUAUAUUCUGCAGUGGAUGAUCGCCUCACCUCCCUGAAGACAGACACCUUUAAUAAAACAAGAGAGGAAAAGAUGGAAGAUCUGUUUGCAAAGAAAGAGAUGGAGGAGGUUGAGUUUCGGAACUGGAUUGAGAAACUUCAGGCCAGGAUGCUCUGCUCCAACAUGGACUCUCCACAACAGCUGCAGUCGGUCUUUGAGUCAAUUAUAGUGAAGAAGCAAUCGCUAUGUGAGAUGCUGCAAGCCUGGAACAACAGGUUGCAAGACCUUUUCCAGCAAGAAAAGGGCCGUAAACGACCGUCUGUGCCGGCAAGUCCUGGGAGAAUGAGACAAGGCGACGAGACAAAGGCAAGUGGUAUGGAUGCUUCUCCACGUAACUCCUCUCCUGCACAGAAUGGUGAAAGAGAAGAUCGAUUCAUGACCACCUUGUCUCAAAGUUCCACCGGCUCUACACAUCUGCAAAUACCAAGCCCCCCGGAGCUGGUGUCUGAUCAGGUUUUUACUGGUGCUCCAAAUACAACGGAGGUGGACACUGCCAGCAGUUGUGAAGAUGUUUUUGAUGGUCAUUUGUUGGGGUCUACAGACAGUCAAGUGAAGGAGAAAUCCACUAUGAAAGCAAUAUUUGCAAACCUGCUACCUGGAAACAAUUAUAACCCUAUUCCACUUCCUUUUGAUCCAGAUAAACACUACCUUAUGUACGAGCAUGAGCGUGUGCCUAUAGCCGUGUGUGAGAAGGAGCCUAGCUCCAUCAUUGCAUUUGCUCUCAGCUGUAAAGAAUAUAGAAACGCUUUGGAUGAUUUAUCUAAGGUUUCCCUGAAGAUCUGCCCAGAAGAAGGAGCUCUGCCUAGCAGCAUGAUGGACAACAGGCCAAAAACAAGCAGUCCGUCCAGAAUGCAAGAAAAUAGCAUGUCUCAAUCUAACCGCACAGCAGAAGCAGAACCUCAGAAUCCUGGUAAAAAGACUUCAGGGGUCUUGUCUUUUUUUCGUGGGACAGGUGGGAAGAGUCCAGACUUAUCAGCACCGAGAAAGGAAACCUUACGAGGUGCCGACAGUGCUUAUUAUCAAGUUGGGCAGAUGGGGAGAGAAGGUACAGAUAACCAAGGAGCUGAAAAUCAAGAUGAUCCCGAUGGUGGAGAUAAGCAGAAAAAACAGUCUGGGAACCCACAUGUUGAGCUGCAGUUUUCAGAUGCCAAUGCAAAGUUUUACUGCCGUAUUUACUAUGCUGGAGAGUUUCACAGAAUGCGCAAAGUCAUUUUGGGAAGUAGUGAAGAGGAUUUCAUCCGCUCCCUAGCACAUUGUGUACCAUGGCAAGCUCGAGGUGGAAAGUCUGGUGCUGCAUUUUAUGCAACAGAAGAUGACAGAUUUAUUUUGAAACAGAUGCCUCGCCUAGAAGUUCAGUCGUUUCUUGACUUCGCCCCACACUACUUCACGUACAUUACUAAUGCUGUGCAAAUGAAGAGACCAACAGCAUUGGCUAAAAUACUAGGAGUGUACAGAAUAGGGUACAAAAAUUCACAGAACAACACGGAGAAGAAGUUGGACCUUCUGGUGAUGGAAAAUCUGUUUUAUGGCCGAAAAAUGGCACAGGUUUUUGACCUAAAAGGGUCUUUGAGAAAUCGAAAUGUGAAAACGGACAUUGGAAAGGAGAAUUGCGAUCUUGUCCUGCUGGAUGAAAACUUGUUAAAGAUGGUUCGGGACAACCCUUUGUACAUCCGAUCUCAUUGUAAAUCUGUCUUUCGUGCCUCAAUACACAGCGACUCUCACUUCCUCUCCAGUCAUCUCAUCAUUGACUAUUCCCUACUAGUCGGGCGCGAUGACACUACUGAUGAGCUUGUCGUGGGAAUUAUUGAUUACAUUCGAACAUUUACAUGGGACAAGAAGCUUGAAAUGGUGGUCAAGUCUACUGGUAUUUUGGGUGGCCAAGGUAAAAUGCCAACAGUAGUAUCUCCAGAACUGUACCGAACGCGAUUCUGCGAAGCAAUGGACAAAUACUUUCUUAUGGUGCCUGACCACUGGACUGGCCUUGGUGGCAACUGCUGACAUGGCCAACAACGCUCUUUGUCUGAGAUGUUCUGUCUUUCCAGCACAAAAGACUUGGCUGAUGAUAAACAACUUUUAGUCUAGAUAUGAGGACGAUGUAACUAUGGCUUCCGUUAUAUCUGUUUUUGCAGAUUGUUUGGAAUAACAGAUAAGAGGUAGCAUGAUGACUGCUGUGCAGCCGGUAUUGUCAGCUUUCUUUGUACAGUUAAAAACUGGCCUCCCAUGAGUCAUACGAAGUCAUCUUUGUAGAACGUUCUCUUGAUAUGUGCUCAGCUGCCUUCUUGACAUUUUCUUUUAUUCAUUUUGGAGUGAAAGCUUAGAAAAAAACAUAUUUUUGUGAUUUAGUUGAAAUAGACAUUGUUCUGAUGUGUGCCUUGUGUUAUACGCUGCUCAAGGGUCCUGUGAACGUUUUCUUAUUGCUUGCACAUUGCAGACACUGCUCACUACACCAUUGUAAAGCU